UCACUACCUGUAUAUCCACUUCACUUCAAAGUUCAAAGGGCUUAAGCUAAACCUCCCUCCAAUGGCUUCUUCACCUUUCCUACCGCAUCUUCUCAUCAUGCUCUUCCUCCUCCACUUCCUCAGCCCUAUCUAUGCCAUCGGUGUAAACUACGGAACUCUCGGAAACAAUCUUCCUCCACCAAAGAAAGUAGCUCAGCUCCUCCAAUCCACCCUCAUCGACAAGGUCAAGAUCUACGACACAAACCCCGAAAUCCUCCAAGCCUUCUCCAACACCGGCAUCGACCUAAUUGUCGCCGUCGAGAACUCCCACGUCUCAAACAUCAGCAAGGACACGUCAUCCGCAGACCAGUGGCUCUCCGCUCGCAUCCUCCCCUUCAUUCCUGCCACAUCAGUAGUAGGCAUUGCUGUAGGGAACGAGUACUUAACAUUAGACGAUCAAGAUUCCCUGGACCAAAAAGCCCUCGUCCAAGCAAUGCAAAACUUGCACGCGGCGUUGUUAUCGCGAGGGCUUGAUCGUAAAAUCAAAGUCAGUACCCCACAUAGCAUGGCGGUUCUUGCAUCCUCAUUCCCUCCUUCGUCUUCAACCUUCGCUUUGAACCUUAUGCCUACAAUGACUUCCAUUGUUAAGUUCUUGGCGGAUACGGGAUCGCCUUUCAUGGUCAAUGCUUACCCUUAUUUCGCUUACAGAGAUAACCCGGAUUCGGUCGAUCUGGACUACGCGUUGCUUGGAAAUGCCUCGGGAGUUCAUGAUCCCAAAGGGUAUGUGUACACAAACAUGUUAGAUGCUCAACUCGAUGCUGUUCGUUCCGCAAUUGAUUCGCUAGGGUUCGGAAAUCGGACGGUGGAGAUCGUAGUUUCAGAAUCUGGAUGGCCAUCGAAAGGCGAUUCAGGUGACAAAGCGGCUACACCCGAAAAUGCAAGGACGUACAACACGAGAAUGAUCAAACGGGCAGAGUCUUCCAAUACAGGAACGCCGAUGAAGCCCAAAGACAAGAUAGGCUACUUCGUGUUCUCUCUCUUCAACGAGAACAAGAAAGAAGGAGGUGUUAGUGAGAGAAACUUCGGACUCCUCAAUGGGGACGGUUCAAAGGUUUAUGAGGUGGACUUGAGUUGCAGUUUUUGCAGCAACGGUGGAGUCUCAUUUGAGAGGUUAAGAAGUGGCGGUGGUGGAGGUAGCGGAGGUGGAGGAGGAGGAGGAGGAGGAGGUCCGUCGGUUUGGUGCGUGGCGAAGCCGCAUGCGGAGGAGAAGUUGUUGCAGGUGGUGGUGGAUUAUUGUUGUGGGCCCGGUGGAGUUGAUUGUAGAGAAAUAUACGAGGGGGGUGAUUGCUAUGUACCUGAUAAGCUGCACGCGCAUGCAUCGUAUGCUAUGAACGCUUACUAUCAGAUGCAUGGGAGGAACUAUUGGAAUUGUGAUUUCAAGGGUACUGGACUUGUCACCUUCAGUGAUCCAAGUUAUGGGAAAUGCUGGUACCCUCAACAGUAAAUCAAGCAAACAAGACAGCUUAAUUUAAUUUAAUUAUGAUUUUUGCAUCUUCUUUUUUUUUUUUUUUCCUUGAAUUGUAACCCUUAAGGCUAAGAUGUUAAUGUUAUGAUGAAUGCAAUUGAAUAUUUUGUUGGUUU